CAACCCUUGCCCACAUCUUGUUUCAAACCCUCUACUAGUCCACCACUGACUUUCAUCAAAUAGGCAACCGGCACAAUCGGCCAAGAGAUAGUCAAAGCCCUGCUUCCAUGGAAGCAGGAAGCCCCGAUCUCUUUGUAACAGCUGCCCGACCACGACAACAACAGUCCAAACCUUCCUCAACCCUGCCUCAGGGAGGUAGAAGUGGACUACGAGUCCCCUGCCUCGCUCACGCAGGCUCUCGCCGACCAGCACGCCAUCGUCGAAGCCUUCAACCCCAGCGCGACCAUCCUCCAGGAGCGCAUCGUGCGCGCCGCCCUCGCCGCACCCUCAGUCCAGCGCCUCAUCACCCUGGACUUCAGCAGCGAUACCUUCCACCCGCACGCCAACGGGUCGACCCUGCGCUGGACGGCGCUCAUCACGGGCCCAUUGUUCGAUUGGGGUAUCGCCUAGGCCAUCUUCUGGGUGGACCGCACUGCACGAAUGGUGACGGUCUUCGGGUCUGUUGCGCAGCGCGUCAGCAUCUCCGGGGUUGAUAUGGUGGGCCGCGCGACGAUGACCGUGCUGCGCGACCCCGGGCGUUUUCGCGAUCGGCCCGCGUGAUUUGCGGAUUUCACGGUUAGCUCGAAGGAGUUGGUGGGGAUUUUGCAG